GAAGAGGGCGAGAGACUCGGAGGGAGAGGUCGAACGGAAGAACUGCCAACGAAGAGAAAGCCUGUGACGUGAGUUGCCAACUGCUGUUAUUGCUGCUUCCGCCUCGGCUUGUCCCCCGCCCAUCGCAUCCAUCCCAACCUACGUACCAACCACAGCCAACCUAGAGUACAAACAUCUUCACACUCGCGGCAGGCAACCUUCAAAUAAUACACACCCCCGCCACAUUAUUCAAAUUCUUCGUCCCUCCAACCCACCAACCACCACCCCCACCCACUCAACUCCACGCUUACUUCCACCACCACCGCAGUAGCAAUGGUAGAAACUUCCAAAGUCGUCCUCUAUGGCGUAGCCGCGGCAUUCGCAUUGACAAGUGACGCCGCAUACUUUGACUACAAGCGCCGCAACGAUGUUAAUUUCCGCAAGUCCCUGAAGAGAGAAAAGCGCCAGCACGCGAAGGCGCAGCGGGCACAGCAGAACGCAGCGAAUGAGUCCCAACGGGAACAGCUGCGUCUGGCGGUGCGUCAAGCACAGGCCGAGGGAUUCCCUACCGAUGUGGAGGAGAAGGAGGCGUACUUCAUGAGCGAGGUCGCGAAGGGAGAGACGCUGUGUGCUGAGGGCCCCGACAGUGCCAUCGAGGCUGCGCUGUGCUUCUACAGGGCUUUGAAGGUCUACCCCCAGCCACAGGACCUGAUUUCGAUCUACGAUAAGACCGUGCCCAAGCACGUCCUGGACCUGCUCGCAGAGAUGUUGGCCGUCGACCGUAGUAUCAUCACUGACGUCGAUGGCCCACUUCUUGACGAGUAGACGUCUACCCAUUCCCACCAUAGCCAUAGAUCCACCGUGGCCGAAGACCCUGCUCGCUUGAUAAGUUUGGAUUUCGUGGGGAAGCUGGCAUUGGCAGAAAAAGUUUAAUGAAAGGGUUGCCUUCAAUCUCUCCCCAGGAUCUUUGUCACUCUCCUUGGGGUUUUGCUCUUGUUCUUUUUCCUUGUCGUUUUCCCUUCUCUCGAUUUCUUAACGUGGUGUGCAUUGUACGAUUUUGUGGUUGUGCUUGAAGAAAACCGGCGUGCAUCGGUAGCAGUGAAGGAGGAUAGAGCGUGGAUGGAUGGAUGGAUGGGUUGCUGGUGGGUAGGAGAAGGUUCCCUUUGCCUCUGUCUGUAUCCUACGAUGUUGUACAUAGAAACA